UGCCACAGUAAUGUCCCAACUGUCUCUGCUUCAACUUUUACAGUACCUUUUUCUCAAUUUCAUCUCUAUAAAUACCUUUCCUUUCUUUAAUAAAACUCAUCAAAUCAAAACCUCAACACUAAAACAUCAAAGUACCAAUUUUUUUCUCUCUCUAUUCCAAAACAUUAUAAGAAAAAAAAAGAUGGUCUGUUUUUGUUUCUUAGUAGAUCAAACAAAACAGGUGUGUAAGAGCAAACCCGUCGCCGGAACAUGUUCACGUUGCGGCGGCGGAGCUAGUGUAGCAGACAUGAAGACUGCUACACGGUUUUGUUAUGUUCCCUUUUAUUGGAAAAAUUGGAGAGCUAUUAUAUGUACAUUUUGUGGUGCGAUUCUUCGCUCUUAUCGAUGAAAUACGUUAUUAGAGUUUCAUAUUGGUCUUCUCUAAUUAUGAUUUUAUUAAAUAAGUCAAGUAAGUAUAUUUUCUGAGGUUGAGUUAGUAUUCUGUCUUUUAACCGGAUUUUAUUAUUAUUUAUUUUGAGAUCGAUUAAAUUUUAGAUGAUUUAGACUAUUUUUAUUUUAUUAAUGUACUAACAGUUGCUAUUGUAAAUAUAUUUGAGAAUUAAUAUUGGAAUUUGGAUCUCUUUUUACCUUUA